GGUCAAUAGAUGGCAGUUCUCGUGUGGUGAUUCAAGUGCUUAAUGUUGUGACAAAUGUUUGUGUUAUUUUGAUUUUAUUUUCUCUCUCUUUCUAUCUUCUCAGGUUAUAAUAUAAUAUAAUUCUCUCUUGUUAUUACAUUCGCCAUCUCCAUUGGUAUUUAAAACGCGAAACAAAUUGUAAUAGUAAUAGAUUUAAAUUAUUAGUUUAAAAAUUGAAAAUUUUCUACUAUUGGAAACAAAGAGAAAAUAAAUUCUAUUCUAAAUUUCUAAAUUAUGGCUUGUCUUAUAACAUUGAAAAAAGAUUUAAGACGUUUAGAGACCAUUUUUCCUAAAGAUCAUGAACGAUUUCAGUUAAUGAACGCCACAGUCGAUGAAUUAACAUGUACAUUUAUUGGCAGAAAUGGUAAAAAAUAUGAGAUUCACGCAAAUUUUACGGAAACCUAUCCAGAGGCACCACCAGUUUGGUUCUCCGAGGUUGAAGACGAAAGUAUCAGUAAUAUCGUACAAUAUUUGAGCAACACAAAUGGUGUUGAAAAUUACAUUCUACAACAGGUAAAAGUUCUCGUUCGUGAAUUAUGCAAAGAUCACAAUCUUCCAGAACCAACCGAACUGGGUCAACUUUGUGAUGUGUCAACACCAUUGAUUAACGGUGCUUUACAAUGUUCAAAUUCACGUUCUUCUUUUGCCACCGAGAAUAGUGGUGAUUCGGGUUAUAUUAAUGAUAAUGAUGAAGUAAAUCAGGCAAAUGUCAAUAAUCAUCCAUCCUCUGAUACUGAGGAAGAUUCAGAUAUGGAAGAUGAAGAUUUACCAAUAGAAAUGGAAGAAGAUGCCAGCAAUGCAGAUAAGUCAAAAGAUGACGGGUUAAGCCAUGAACACACAGCAACACUUGAAAGACUCAAGCAAAAUCAACGGGAAGGCUAUUUGAGAGGUGCAGUUAGUGGAUCUGUACAAGCAUCCGAUAGAUUAAUGAAAGAAUUGAGAGAAGUUUAUCGAUCAGAAAGCUUUAAGAAAGGUGUAUUUUGUGUUGAAUUGAUCAACGAUUCCCUUUACGAGUGGAAUGUCAAAUUAUUUAUUGUAGAUCCAGAUAGUCCUUUGCAUAAUGAUCUGAGAAUAUUGAAAGAAAAAGAGGGAAAAGAUCACAUUUUAUUGAACAUUUUAUUCAAGGAAACUUAUCCUUUCGAACCACCAUUUGUUCGUGUUGUUCAUCCCAUGAUUCAAGGUGGUUAUGUGCUUUGCGGUGGAGCGAUUUGUAUGGAACUACUAACGAAACAG